UUCCUGAAUGACCUCUAGUGCGUUUUCUAUCAGGAUUCUGUUAGCAUGCCCAGCUCCUUCACCAGGGCUUGACUGUAAGAACAUUGAAAAUGCUUAGAAGAGCCAGAAGUGCUGUUUAUGCUCCCAAAAAUAGCUGGGAAAGCACAAAUGAGCAGAGACCAAACUGGUCUGGAAUGGAAAUCCAGCCUCGUACAUUCUGUUUCUCCUCUCUACACAGGCGAGCAACACGGAGGAUGCAGGAGGGGACAGACUCACAUUGCUGAGUGCCUCUUCUCAUCACACUUGACCAAUUCAGGUUCUGUCAGCCUUCUUGACAGCCAUGACCUGAGCAUUCAGGACAAGUCCUUCAACACGACAGCUUUAGCAGAGUGUGACGGGUAUUCAGACUCUGUGCAUGAAGAUCAAGCAGGCAGUUCCAGCCCCAGAGACGAUGAUAACAAAGAAAAUUACCCGGACAACUCUGCUGUCUUAGAGGAAAGGCAGCUGCCUUUGCAGGACACUCAGCAGCACAAGCUUGUAAUUGACUGCACUCUAAAGCCUGAAAUGGGCAACUUAAAGCUGAGGAAACCUAAGCCCAUUGCAAAGAUAGAAAAUGGAAAAAGCCAUGAGGAAAGUCAGGAGCUGGAGUGUGCAUUGCCAGGCCUCUCAGAGUGGCAGGGGAAGGCUGGAUCCUCAGCUAAUAACUAUGCACAGAACGUGGCUUUGAAAUGCCAGGAGGCAGUCGUGAGAUUCCAGCCAAGAAUAGAUCAGAACACAAGCAUUUCACCAAAAGAUGCAACUGAUCAAUUAAACAACUCAAAUGAGAAUUCUUUGCUGAAGCUGCAAGCCCUGGAAACGGAUCUGUGCUCUGCGUUUCUGCCAGCGCAGGAGGAGACUCCCCAGCUGCCGGCACCCAAGGACGCAGCCCCUUCUCCAGCCCAAAGCAGCGUGCAAGCUGAUGGGGCCGGUUGUGGAGAGCAAUAUCACUUCAUUUCUCCUAUUAUUGAUUUUAAUUUAAUGCAUCAGCAGAGAGAUAGCGAAGAGCCUGUGCCAGCCCACAGGGACUGGCAGAGUGACAUGGAGAGCAGCCCACAGGAGCAUCACUCCCUAGGGACCAGCCGACUGCUGUAUCAUAUCACAGAUGGAGACAAUCCUCUCUUGUCACCACGCUGCUCUAUCUUUAGCCAGAGCCAGAGAUUUAAUCUAGACACAGAGUCUGCCCCUUCUCCACCAAGUGCUCAACCUUUCAUGAUGCCAAGAAGUUCUUCCAGGUGUAGCUGUGAAGAUUGCAAAGAACCACAGACAGUAACACAACUUACCAAGCACCUUCAGAGCCUCAAGAGAAAAAUUAGGAAGUAUGAAGAAAAGUUUGAGCAAGAAAAAAAAUACCUGCCUUCUCAUGGUGACAAGACUUCCAAUCCUGAAGUUCUGAAGUGGAUGAAUGCUCUGGCCAAAGGUCGGAAGCAGCUCAAAGAGCUGAAACUCAGAAUGUCAGAAGAGCAAAACUGUACCUCCACAGCACCCCAAAGAAAUGAGCACCGUGAAGGCAGUGGGACCUCUAAAGAGGCUGGCACACAGGAGGCCACCAGCAUGGAACCAGCUCUCUCAGUGGAAGAAACCAUGGAUAGCGUGUUGAGACGACUAAAGGAGAAAAGACAACACUUCAACCUUCCUGAGACUAUUAAGGUAACUAAGCAAGAAAAGAGCCUCAUGAAACCUCUUUAUGAUAGAUACAGAAUUAUCAAGAAACUUCUGGCCACUCCGUCUUUGAUCACAACAAUUCAGGAGGAGGAAGACUCAGAUGAAGACCAUUCUCAAAGCAGCCAUGAUUUAUCAUCUGGUCCAAUGUCUUGCUUCCCUGUGGAGGAGCAUCUGUGUUACUCGCAGGAGGAGAGUGAGCCUGCACGUAUUUCACCUCUGGAUGAAAAGAAAGUUUAUAGGCAAACAGCCUUGUCUAUGUCCAAUUUACAUGAGGCAACAAUGCCUGUUCUGCUUGAACAUCUCAGAGAAACAAGAGCUGAUAAGAAGAGACUUCGCAAAGCUCUUCGAGAGUUUGAGGAGCAGUUCUACAAACAGACAGGAAGGAGUCCUCAGAAAGAAGAUCGGGUGCCAAUGGCUGAGGAAUACUCUGAAUACAAGCACACAAAAGCUAAAAUCAGGCUCCUGGAGGUUCUCAUCAGUAAGCAUGAUAUUUCCAAAACCAUUUGA